AUGGAAAGCUCCGACAUUGACUUUGCUGAGCUAGCCGACGGAUAUGCAAAUGGUUUGAUAUUUGCCACAAGCCUCUGUGGCCGCUUUUUGUGCGUAGCACGAGAAACCCUGAUCUACAUCUACGUUCUAGAGAGGGGCGUUCCAGUCCCUAUCACAAGCGUCGUGUGCCCAAGAAGGGCCCUCGAAAUGAAGAUGGACGUCUCCUCUGGUCGACACACGAUUGUGGCCCUUCUCGAAGGACGCAUGGGCCUGGUUUGCGAGCUUCAAUAUGGUCGCACAGUUAGAGGCAACGGUCCUGUUGAGGUUCACGUUGACAUUGAUGGACCAGAGAGGGGGACCACAUCGGCAUCCAUACAGACCAGCUGUGUCAACGACUAUGAAACUGGUACUAAUUUCCAAGGACGCAGCAUGGCUCGGACACAUCGUCUGUUCGUUCAGGAGCGAGAUCCUGCAAGCUCCGACACGAUUAGCGUACGAUCGAACAACGAGCACAUCAACCUCCAGAACACCAAUGAUUGCGACCAUUUGUACUUCCUUUCGCCACGACCAGGUUUCGAGUCGGCCAAGAAACUCCGUUUAAUCUCCAGUGCAGCUCAUCCAGAAGACAGACCUGCCAUUAGCCGCAAGCUUUUCGGUCGGCCCACUAUGAGCGCUUUCUGGGGUUCUUUCGGGUUUGAAUCUACGUCACACCGUCCAGGCUCACCCAGCUGCGAUCACUAUCGUGCUAUCCCUUUGAGCGACGGAUAUCACAUUCUAUUCAUCGAUCCCUCCACUGGCCUACUGAAGCUAAGCUGUGACGCGCCGCUUGGUGGACCCACGAAUCUCCUUCGCAAGAUCACACUCGUCCCGCCAGAACAGAACAUGGUGCCAAGACUGUAUAGUGCGGCCGCGGACUUGUCCCAGGGUGUCCGCAUCGUCGUGACUUAUGGCGACAGCCUCGUGUUAUACAGCAUACCCCCGGAUGUCAUUCAACUAUCGCAGAUGGAGCAAAACGCUAAGUGCUGGGAUGCCUACAAUGCUUCUACGAACCCAACACUGAGGCGCCAGAGGGAUCAUUGGCUCAACUACUCUAUAUGGCCUCUUGCUAUCCGCGGUACAGAAGUCGGAAGAUUGGCAGGCGUCUGCGAGCUCGCGAUACAAACUCAGCCGGAGAUCUUGGUCUGGGCUUUCACGCAUACGUCGAAAUGCAAAACCUGGCGUCUAUGCAAUUACAUCGAUCCUGUUCUUGUUGACAAGAGUCUUGUCUGCCGAAACGGCAUUGUACAUGAUGCCUUCUCUGUCAAUGGAUCCGGAGAUGUCAUCAUGACAGACGCAUCACACGCUUUACCCAUCAACGGAUCCAUUGAUCUCCACGUAACGGGUGAAGAUACCGAGAUACCUCAAGCAGAGAGGUCAGUUCUCGUUGGGUUCGAUGGGAAUAGUUCUGGCAUCUUGAAGAGGAUACCGAAAGCACUGGCUGUGGAGAAUGAUGAGUGGGUGGAUUACUUGGAUGCAAGAGGUUGUUCGGAGGCACGGUAUCAGGCCAAUGGCGAUGUGAACAUGUGGUAUGGGACUCGAGACUCUGGGUACAGGGAGGAGGAUGACGAUGGUGAAAUUCAGUAA